GGAGGAGGAGGUGGAGCGCGCGUCGCGGCGGGGGCCCCGGCGACGCGCUGCCCCUUGCCCGGCGCACGGCGCGCCGCCCUGCUCCGCGGGGCGGGCGCCCCGGGCUCUGGGCAGGGCUCGGGGCGUCGGCGCUCCCGGGGGGGCCCUGGGCGUGGCCGGCGUGCCGCUCCGGAGGCGCAGUGGGCCAGGAGCGGCGGAGCGGCGCGCCAAGCCGAAGCUCCUGGCCGUGCACGUCGCGCACCUCUCUAAGCGUGCUCGUGUCUACUCGUGCUCGUUUCUCAUUGUUCCUGGCCCCCUAGUGGCCAUGAAGGGGCCCAGGACAAAACAAUGAUCCAGGCGAAGGACCCAACCACAUGCAGCUGUGCGUACCGCAAAUGUGAAUAUCUUCUUCGGCAGCGAUCCCUAAAAAGGCACGGGUCUGCCGAACUGGGUGCGGUGGGCGCAUGCGAACGCAGCCACUGGGGCAGCAUGGUCAUGCGCGAUUGUCUGUCCGUGGCUGGCUCCCGUGAGGCCUUGUCUGCGUUAUUCUGCCGCGACGGCAGAGCAGCGGCCUCAUGGGAGUCGGCAGAAAAGAAAUGGCACCAGCUGUAAAUAGUGCUGCAUUUCGGCACCAAUUAUCUCCUGUCUCACCCUGCUCGCGCGCCGUCCGGAGCAAGGCUGACGUUCGU